UUCCGUUCUGUCUUCACAACAAUUCGUCAACAAGAGUGAUUCGAAAAACGUGAUCGAUAUAUUGAACUUCAGAGGAAAGAAAAGGCCAGUUCAAAAUGCCCAAGAAUAAAGGAAAGGGAGGAAAAAACAGACGAAGAGGAAAGAAUGAAAAUGAAUCUGAGAAACGUGAACUUGUGUUCAAAGAGGACGGCCAAGAAUAUGCACAAGUGACAAAGAUGUUGGGAAAUGGUAGGCUGGAAGCGCUGUGUUUUGAUGGAACAACGAGACUGUGUCAUAUCCGUGGAAAGCUACGUAAAAAGGUAUGGAUUAAUGCUGGUGACAUCAUUCUUCUGGGCCUUAGAGAUUUCCAGGAUAAUAAAGCUGAUGUAAUUUUACGAUACAACCCAGACGAAGCAAUGAGCUUGCGAGCUUAUGGGGAACUUCCUGAUGAUGUGAGAAUUGAUGACACAGUUGAGUGGCACGAUGAUGAUAUUGGAUUUGGUUUUGAUGAAGAAGAUGACAAAGAUGACGAUGAAUCAUGAUGAGCUCUUAAAAUAUCCGCAAAUAUAUUGGAGACAAACUCUGGGUAAUGGCCAUCGUCCAAGGGUUUAACAAAUGUUGCAUUAAAACACUGUAUAAAGGUCAUCAGAACAAUCACUAAGGGGAAAUAUUUCUUAUAGUCAAUGUAUUGAAUGUCAAUGCUUUCCCAGGAUAAAUAUGAGAUUUUCAUUUUGGAAAGAAAGUAGUAACAGGAUUACUUAAUGUCACAUUAUUAAACAUGACAAAAAGAUGUUAUAUUUUGUUUCUAGA